GCGCCGAGAUAGUUCCGUAAGCUGUGCUGUUACCGAUUUCACUCAGGAGCAGGCCUUGGGCAGAGUACGCUGACUCCUGAUACUAAUCGUUCACUGACAGCCCCGGACCUUUCUUCGCCUGCUCACCUCCCAUUCUCAGCAACGAUAAUGGCUCAAAAUAACAGCGUAGUCGCGGUGUAUCCGUCUAACGAUUCGUUGGACCUCGUUGGACCCGCCUGGACAAGGUUUACGGACUCUGGCUCGGGUGCCACUUUAGCCAUCGCACAGGGGGCCGGGUCGAGUUCGCUGAAGUUCAAAGGGACUCAGAUAGAAGUUUAUGGGGUACUCGAACCAGGGCCGCCGGUUACGUCUACCUACUCGAUAGACGGCUCGUCCGCAGAGUCAUAUACGGGCCCGUCAGAUUUGACGAGCUCACAAUCUGAAGUCCCAUUCUUUCUCUCGCCGACGCUCAGCUCUGGCGAACACGAGCUCACGAUCAACGUCAUAAACGCUACCGCUAACGCGUCAUACGUCCUCGAGUUCAUCCUCUACAUCCCGACCUCAACAGGCGCGUCGAACGCGACAUACUCAUCGACCUCCCUACGGAUCAACGGCAACAAUCGUAGUUGCCAAUGCCAGCACCAGCAGCGCAGCGCCUGUCGGAGCGAUCGUAGGCGGCGUAGUAGGCGGCGUAGCGGGGCUGAUGAUCCUAGGCCUGGCCAUCUACUUCUUCAUGAGGCGGAAGCUAGCGAGCCCAGGGAGACCAUACUUCUACCAAGAGGUCGGGGCCGGGGAGAUGCUUCAGGAUGGUCACACCGUACCCGGUGAACGCAACAGCCCCUUCAGCGCCUUCACUAUACUCUGAACCUCCCGCGCCCAGCGUCUCCGGAUCCUCCUCCACGCAACCUGCAGCUCAACCUGCAUUCCCGCCUGGACUUGCU